CUGGAGGAUUUAUGAUUGACGAUUUGCUAUAAAUUCAAUUAAAACAGAUUUAGAUUUAUUCUCAACAGUUUCGAUUUCGGGGGCGGAUGAAUUUUGAUCACAAUUAGACAGCCACAAUGGCUAUGUCGAAGGGCUUCAAAGUUCUGGAGAAAUCCACUCCACCGAACCCGUACAGUAUAAUUUUGCAACAUAGAAAUAAAGACUCUGCAUUAUUAUUCGAAUCUCAAGCAGUGGUAUCUCUAUCGUCCCAAGAAACGGAUACUUUGCGUAAGCAAUAUCAUAAAGUGGCUGAUGCGUAUGGAUGUUUAGGAGUGCUGCAGUUAAAUUCUGGUGAAAGUUGCUUGCUGUACUUAGUUCUCAUCACUGGCUGCUGCUCUGUUGGCAAGGUAGGCGACAUCGAAGUGUUUAAGAUAACCCAGACACAGUUUCUACCACUUUUCUAUCAAUCGCAAGGGGAAGAUAAAGUUUCUGAAGUGAGAAAAUUACUUAACUCUGGCACCUUCUACUUCUCAUGGAACUCUGGGAAAGCUAAUGAUAAUCUAUUUGAUUUAACCUUAUGCGCCCAAAGAAAAAGCAAAGGGGCCUAUCCAGAUAAUAGGUUCUUUUGGAAUAGAACUUUGUUUAUUCAUCUUAUAAGAUAUGGUAUUGACUGUGAUGAUUGGCUGACUAGAGCUAUGUGUGGGUCUGUGGAAAUAAGAACUAUCUAUGUUGGUCACAGGCAAGCUAGAGCAGUUCUAGUGUCUCGCUUGAGUUGUGAGCGAGCUGGGACUAGGUUUAAUGUGAGAGGAUGCAAUGAUGAUGGGAAUGUGGCAAACUUUGUAGAAACAGAGCAAGCUAUUUACAUUGACGAUUCAAUGGCAUCUUAUAUCCAGACCAGGGGAUCUGUGCCUUUGUUUUGGGAGCAGCCUGGUAUACAAGUGGGCUCUCAUAAGGUGAAGAUGUCAAGAGGUUAUGAUGCUUCAACUAGUGCAUGUGAUAGGCACUUCUCUCAGUUAAAACGUAACUAUGGAUCAGUAGUUGUUGUUAACCUUCUGGGUUCAAGUUUGAUUGGAGGGAGUGAAGGAGAAGCCACACUCAGCAAUGCUUUUCAAAGACAUCUCAAUGAGUCUGCCCAUAAUGACAUAUCACAAAUAAUUUUUGACUAUCAUCAGGAAGUCAGAGCUGCUUCUAUAGAAACUGCUUUGUCAAAAUUUAAGAAAAUAAUUGAAAAGCAUUAUGAUGGUAUCAGCAUUUUCAGUGCAAGGGGUUUGGACAUAUACAACAUACAAAAAGGUGUUAUACGCACAAAUUGUUUAGAUUGUCUGGAUAGAACAAAUGCAAUACAAACAUUUAUUGGGUUAGAAAUGCUUGCUAUACAGUUGAUGCUGUUGCAAUGCAUAGAUAAAAAGCAAAAUGUGAACCGAUUUGAGGAGGUUUUUAAACAAAUGUGGAUAAAUAAUGGAAAUGAAGUCUCAAAAAUCUAUGCAGGUACAGGAGCUAUACAGGGUGGUUCAAAACUAAUUGAUGGUGCAAGAUCUGCUGCUCGCACUAUACAGAAUAACCUACUUGAUAAUUCAAAACAAGAAGCAAUAGAUAUACUUCUUUUGGGCUCAACACUUAAUUCUGAAUUGUCUGACAGGACAAGAAUUUUGUUACCACCUAACAUAUUACACACAUCAACUGCAGUCCUCAGAGAAAUGUGCAGAAGGGCUGGUGAAUUCACACAACCUUCAAAUAUUCGCAUAACAAUUGGAACAUAUAAUGUUAAUGGUGGAAAACAUUUUAGAAGUCUCGCCUAUAAGGAUGUAUCACUUGCAGAUUGGCUAUUGGAUUGCCCAAAUUCAUCUUUAGUCAACACAGUGAAUUUAAAAGACCACCCAUCAGAUAUUUUUGCUAUUGGAUUUCAAGAGAUAGUUGAUCUAAAUGCUAGUAAUAUUAUGGCUGCAAGUUCCGAUAAUGCCAAAGCUUGGAGUGAGGAAUUAGAAAAAAUAUUAGCAAGAGAUGCUUCUUACACACUCUUGUCGUGUCAUCAAUUAGUUGGAGUUUGUCUAUUUGUAUUUGCAAGGAAAGAUUUGAUACCUCAUAUAAGAGAUAUAGCGCUGGAUUCUGUUAAAACUGGUCUUGGGGGCACUACUGGCAAUAAGGGAGCAGUUGCUAUUCGUUUGGUUAUAUAUGGAACUUCGAUAUGCUUUGUAUGUGCUCAUUUUGCUGCAGGCCAAUCUCAAGUUACAGAGCGUAAUGCUGACUAUACGGAAAUUACACGUAAAAUAGCAUUUCCUAUGGGACGCUCAUUAUAUUCUCAUGAUUAUGUAUUUUGGUGUGGCGAUUUUAAUUAUCGUAUUGACCUAGAUAAGGAAGAAACUCGUUUAUUAGCAGCACAGAACAGUAUUUCCAGGCUUUUAGAAAAUGAUCAGUUAUUAAAGCAAAAAUCACAAGAUUUAGUCUUCAAAAACUGCUUUGAAGGUGAAAUAACUUUCCUCCCGACAUAUAAAUACGAUUUAUUUAGUGAUGAUUACGACACUAGUGAAAAAUGCCGAGCACCAGCGUGGACUGAUCGCAUUUUAUGGAGAAGCAGAAAAAAUACAAUCGACCCAGAAACUACGUCGGAACUGGCUCUAGGAAAAUUGUUGCAUUAUGGCAGAGCUGAACUUAAACAGAGUGAUCAUCGACCAGUGAUUGCAAUCUUAGAAAUUGAAGUGUUGCAAGUAAGCUACACAAAGUGUAUGGAAGUGUUUUAUGAAGUUGUCACAGAUUUAGGGCCACCAGAUGCUAGCAUUACAGUACAGCCAUUAGAUGAAAUUGACAAUGAAGACUCUAUCUUUGAUGAUAAUGUAAUGUCAGCUGUUCUUCAAGAGUUAGCAACAAUUGGAGAAGUGACGCUAGUGCGCUUUAUAGAAGAUCAGACAUUAAGUAUAACAUUUAGAGAUGGACAGCAUGCACUAGCUGCUGCACAGAAAGGAAAAAUAAUGGCUGGUGGAAUUCCAUUGUCAGUGUCUUUGAAAUCUCCCGAUUGGGUUGAGAUUGUGAGAUCGGAGAUAAGUUUAUGUUCUAAUAACACUAUUCCGCUUUUCGGCGAAAUACCCGCAGAACGGCCUCUAAGGUCAGCACCACCAACACCACGCCGGCAGCAACCGAGCAGGCCGCCAGCACCUUCGCCUACGCCUCUCGUGCCAUCUCGAGCUCCAGCUCCGAGUCCUGCACGCCCACCGCCGCCUCGACCUGCACCUCUUCCUCAAGAUGCUGCAACGGCAAAUGUAGCUUCACCCACAAUAGUGUCGCCUCCUGCUGAUAGUCUUCCACCCCCGACAUGCGCACCGCCGCCGCUGCCUGCCAGCAAUCCCCCGCCUCCGACCGGACCUCCACCACCCGUGCCUGCCCGGCAAGGGGCUCCGCCUCCAUUACCUGCACGCCCCCGACCAGUUAUUUAGAUUAACACAGUACUUAUUCAAUAUGAAACAUAAAAGCUGUUUAGUAUGUAGCAAUAAUGUGUGUCACUAAUAUGUUAUUAGGUAUAUAGCUAAAGUUUUGCUUACAUCUUCUGCAA